CUUUCGCACGCGUGUCUCUGCUCACCGCGAGCUCCCACCCCGGUUUUUCCAAGUCAAACUGAUCGCCCACCUUUUUUGGUUUUGGCCUUCUUUCUUCCCCUCCCCAUCAAUUCCCUGCCCGUGCCCGCUGUCCGUUUGACCCUCUGUCUGUUCCGCCGGUUUUUCUUCUCCAUCCCAUCAGCUUGCCGCCGCCCACCAUCAAUCCAAUUCUAUCCCAAGUCCCCACACCCGCCCGCCGGUCGACUUUUCGCCUUUUGGCCUUUUCCCGCUGGAGCUGUCAUCCACCUGCACCUUCUACUCUCCGCCAUCACCAACCAUCUGUUUACCCGAUCGCAUUUCGCGUACAUCACGAACACCACGUUGAUUUUUGUUUUCCAACACAUCAUUGCGAUCGCGUACCCUACGCGAUUCUGAAUCUGUCAUCGUCGACAUGGCCAACAGUGCGAGUGAGAAGAAGACGGUCGUCGUCGAUGUUGAGCGCUUCGUCCACACGCGCAACGCGCUCAGCACAUCCUUCCUCGGCCUGUCCAACUCCAUCGACAAGGCCGUCAAGGCUUACAUCGAUCACACCCAAUCCGUCUUGGAAGGCGAUGCGACCCUCGACCUGAGCUUGUUGAUCGCGCCAUUCGAUUCCCUGCAGAGCGCCGCCGCGGUCCACAACGCGCUCGCCGCCAACAGCACAGACGACCUCGACGGCGGCAAGAAGAAGCGAAAGCGCAACUACAAGGCGCGCGAUCCCAAUGCGCCCAAACGUCCCCUGACCGCCUACUUCCGCUACCUCCAAGAGAACCGCGCCCGCAUCGCCGGCGAGAUCGCCGAUGGGUCCCGCGAGGCCGGCGACGUCGGCAAGAUCCUGACCCUCAGCUGGAACGCCAUGACGCCCGAGGAGCACGAGGCCUACCGGGAGGACUACAAGCGCGAAUGCUUGAAGUACGACCAGGCCGUGCUGGACUACAAGGCGGCCGGCGGCAAGCUCGACGACGAGGACGACGCCAACCCGGAAGAGCAGGACAGCAGCGAGGUGGAGCCACAACAGGCCAAGGCCAAGCCCGCAUCGAAGAAGUCCGCCGCCGCUCCCUCCCCGGCCGCGCCCAAGACCAAAGCCGCGGCGAAGCCUUCUGCGAGCAAGAAAGCCGCCGCGACCGAUGCCGCUGCCGCACCCACGCCGAAGAGCGCGGGCAAGAAAUCCCGCCCCAGCACCGCCGCCGCCGCCGACUCCGACAGCAACAAGCCCGAGACCCCCGCCAACAAGGCGCCGCGCAAGCGCAAAGCCCCCGCCUCGAAAUCCGACGCGGCCGCCGACGAGGAGGCCCCCAAGGCCAAGCGCGGCCGCAAGAGCAAGGCCGACAAGGACGCCGACGCCGCCGACGCCAAGAGCGCGGCGACCCCGGCGUCGGGCGCGGCGGCCUCCUCUGCUGCUACCGCCAACGCCGGCGCACCCGCCGCGACGCCCAACUCCGAGGCCAAGAAGUCCAAGAAGGCGGCGGCGUCGACGGGGAAGAAGAGGAAGUCGGAGGCGGCGGCUGCUUCGGCCACCGCUGCUGCGUAGGUAGGCGCGGAUGUCCUCGGCGUCGGGUCAGCAGAAAAAUCAAAUCGGGAUGGGGUCUGGUCUGGCCCUUUUGAAACGGAUGAUGUGGUGGCGGGCGAUGCUCCGGAAUUCCCCUCUUGUCGUGUGUGUUCUUGUCGUUGAUUUGGGUCGGUUUUUCGAUUGAUGUUUUCUUUUUGUCUCGUUUCAUCUGUUUCGUGAUCGAAUAAUGGAAAUACGGUCUCAUGAAAUUCUCAAACUCCAUCAUGCCAAAACGUUGUCUCUUCCUCCUUU